CGCCACCAUGAACAAGCUUUACAUCGGCAACCUCAACGAGAGCGUGACCCCCGCGGACUUGGAGAAAGUCUUCGCGGAGCACAAGAUCUCCUACAGCGGCCAGUUCUUGGUCAAGUCCGGCUACGCCUUCGUGGACUGCCCCGACGAGCACUGGGCGAUGAAGGCCAUCGAAACUUUCUCGGGGAAAGUAGAACUGCAAGGAAAACGCCUAGAGAUUGAACACUCGGUCCCCAAAAAACAAAGGAGCCGGAAAAUUCAGAUCCGAAAUAUCCCACCUCAGCUCCGAUGGGAAGUUCUGGACAGCCUGCUGGCUCAGUAUGGAACUGUGGAGAACUGUGAGCAAGUGAACACCGAGAGUGAGACGGCUGUGGUGAACGUCACCUAUUCCAACCGGGAGCAGACCAGACAAGCCAUUAUGAAGCUGAAUGGCCACCAGCUGGAGAACCAUGCCCUGAAGGUCUCCUACAUACCGGAUGAGCAGAUGGCACAGGGUCCUGAGAAUGGCCGUCGAGGGGGCUUUGGAUCUCGGGGCCAGCCCCGACAGGGCUCACCUGUGGCAUCAGGGGCCCCAGCCAAGCAGCAGCAAGUGGACAUCCCCCUCCGACUCUUGGUGCCCACCCAGUAUGUGGGUGCCAUCAUUGGCAAAGAGGGAGCCACUAUUCGCAACAUCACAAAACAGACCCAAUCUAAGAUAGAUGUGCAUAGGAAGGAGAAUGCCGGAGCUGCCGAAAAAGCCAUCAGUGUCCAUUCGACCCCCGAGGGCUGUUCCUCCGCCUGUAAGAUGAUCCUGGAGAUUAUGCAUAAGGAGGCAAGGGACACGAAAACGGCUGAUGAGGUUCCCCUGAAGAUCCUGGCCCAUAACAACUUUGUGGGGCGUCUCAUUGGCAAAGAAGGGCGGAACCUGAAGAAGGUGGAGCAGGACACAGAGACAAAAAUCACCAUCUCCUCACUUCAGGAUCUCACCCUCUAUAACCCCGAGAGGACCAUCACAGUGAAGGGAGCCAUCGAAAACUGCUGCAGGGCUGAGCAGGAGAUCAUGAAGAAAGUUCGAGAGGCCUAUGAGAACGAUGUGGCUGCCAUGAGCCUGCAGUCUCACCUGAUUCCUGGCCUCAACCUGGCUGCUGUGGGUCUCUUCCCAGCCUCACCCAGUGCUGUCCCACCACCGCCCAGCAGCGUUACUGGGGCUGCUCCUUACAGCUCCUUUAUGCAGGCUCCCGAGCAGGAGGUGGUACAGGUGUUCAUCCCCGCCCAGGCUGUGGGCGCCAUCAUCGGCAAGAAGGGGCAGCACAUCAAGCAGCUGUCGCGGUUCGCCAGCGCCUCCAUCAAGAUUGCUCCACCCGAAACACCUGACUCCAAAGUUCGAAUGGUUAUCAUCACCGGACCCCCAGAGGCCCAAUUCAAGGCUCAGGGAAGGAUCUAUGGCAAACUCAAAGAGGAGAAUUUCUUUGGUCCCAAGGAAGAAGUAAAGCUGGAGACCCACAUACGGGUGCCAGCCUCAGCGGCUGGCCGGGUCAUCGGCAAAGGUGGCAAAACGGUGAAUGAGUUGCAGAAUUUGACAGCAGCUGAAGUGGUUGUGCCAAGGGACCAGACCCCAGAUGAGAAUGACCAAGUCAUUGUUAAGAUCAUCGGGCAUUUCUAUGCCAGCCAGAUGGCUCAGCGGAAGAUCAGAGACAUCCUGGCUCAGGUUAAGCAGCAGCAUCAGAAGGGACAGAGCAGCCAGGCCCAGGCACGGAGGAAGUGAACAGCCCCUUUUCAUCCCAUUGCCUCCAGGACAGCAGGCCGAACUGGAGAGUGCCCGCACUCCUGCUGGCAGCCCUGAGAAUGAGUGGGAAUCGGGGGCCCCCGGGCCUGGCUGGAGAUCAGGUUUGCCCACUGUCUUGAGAAAGAUGUUCCAGUGAGGAAUCCUGAUCUCUCACCCUUAAGCACCACAGCUUACCCCUUGGAAUGUCACCAUUGCAAUUCUAACUCAGGCCACUUUUAAACGUGGAUUAAGGAAGUGCUUCAGCAUCCCCCCCCCCCAAAAAAAAAAAAAGUUGGAUUAGAACCCAGUGGGAGGAGAAAUAAAAUUUCCUUCGGGUUUUUAAAAACCUCAAAGGAUGGUUUGUUUCUUGGCCCUAAAAUCUCUCCAACCUUUUUCCUUCUUGGCUAAUUGAUUAAAAUUCCUCCAUUCUCAAUGCCCUGACAUGCCACCUCUUCCUAUAUUCAUUUUCACUAUUUUAUCUGUGUUAACUAUGGGGCAGGGAGGGAGGAAAUUAGCUCAUUGCUUUGCUACAAUAUUGACUCUAUGGAGUUCUAUCCUAAUCUAUAGUUAGACUCCACUCCUUCCUUAAGCAGCCCCAUUAUGAAUAGCAAGAUUUAAAAAGAGGAAGAAAGACAAUGAUUAAAAUAUACACUAAUCCACGUUUAAAAGGAGUGCCUUUGGGCUGAGGAUAGAGCUCAGUGGUUCUGCCUGGUAUGUGUGAGGCCCUGGGUUCCAUCCUCAGUGUCACAAAACAAAAAUAAAGAAUGCCCUUGUGGGUGACAUUCCAGACUGCCAUCUGGGAAAAUUGGCAUAAAGGACAUUUCUUCCUUGCUGGGGCUUCUCCACCAAGACUCCCCUCUGUCAUGUUUAUGUCCCUCUAACCCCAUGGGACCCAUAUCGUGUCCACGUGCACAUAGGUGGUGCCACGUGCUAAGCAGGGCAGGGGCUGACUGCUGUCCCUGAUUCCUGCCAUUCUCAGGCAAAUUUUAUAUUUUUUUUAAAGUCUAUUUUAAUGAUUGGAUAUGAGCACUGGGAAGGGGACAUAAAGUCCUCUUGAUAAAGGCUCAGUUCCGUGGAGGACGUGAGUGGCCCAAAGGUGCCCCCGUCUCUGCCCGUGUGCUCUCAGAAGGGCUGGUCCCCAGGGGCAGGGGUUGUGAUGUAUUCCCACCACGGCACUGUUUCCUUGGUGGUGGUGGGACCUGGAACCCAACCCUAAGCUUCUGAGAAAGUUCAACUCCAUCAUCUGGCAAACUCAGUAACUUGGAGCGUGUUUGCUUGUUUUUACUCUAGAGGAGUGUUUAACUGAUGGCUCCUACCUCCAUGAAUUGUCACAAUGAAAGGUGUGCCUAAAAACAAAAUUCAGAUUUAUCAGCAGCAUUGUGCACAGAUGGGUGUGAAUAUGCUUAAUUUAUUAAUUUCCCAGGUCCAGUAAGAUCCCAUUGGAAGUAUAGCCCUUGUGGAGCACGGCAGCCAUCAGUUAAAUGGAGGGUGCGCCUCCCCUCCCCAUACUGUACUGAUUUGUUAAUGCAUAUUAGCCAGGUGAUGCACUUUAGCUACCCUGGACAAUACUAUCAAGUGUGCUGGGAAGGGAGGAAGGCCUCUGUGCAUGUGGAAAAGCCCAAGCAUGGAGUUCCUCUCCCCGACAUUGCAACAACAACAACAGUGACUACAAACGACCGUGAUGUGGGCAGAGUCAGGCAGUGCUGUGCGCGAAGUAAACUACCUCAAGGUAUGAAGUUACCUCAACAGUUAUUUUCCUUUUGUUCCCCAUAC